AUGCGAUUUUUGGAAAAUAUUUAUCAACGUUAUGGACGUUAUAUUGCAAUACAUCCUAUGCCCUUUCUGCUCUUGCCGAUUCUCACAACGCUAAUUUCCACUGCUGGAUUGCUGCGCUUUCAUAUUGAUAAUGAUAUCUGGAACAUUUACUCACCUGUAAAUGGAGUGUCUCGCGCGGAGGAAAAGGCCCUGGAACGUUUUGAAUAUGCUAGCGGCAUGCAUCAUUACAGAUUGCAAAUUUUGGUAAAUCGUAAAGAUGGUGGCAAUCUUAUGAACGACAACAAUACGGAUGAAAUGCUAAAGAUGGACAGAUUUAUAACCAACAAUGUAACCAUCAGUAAUGGCUUCAAUUUCUUCACCUAUCGUAACAUUUGCGGUAUCUAUUGCAAUGAAAGUAAUGAUAUCGUUCUCACCUUCAUAAAGAUAGCAAUCAAUAUGAAUGGCCGAUCUUCAUCAUCGUUAGCCUUCACAUUUCCAAAGGCACGAAUAUUCGAGAAAUAUAUCUUUAUGGGAUAUUCUGUUGGUAAUUUGGAUUAUUCUGACCAGGAUGCAACAGUCGUUGAUGGCUUCAAACUCUUCAUAUUGCAUUUUAUGGUAGAUCUGAAUCUUCCACACGGUACAAGGAUAGCGAAGAAUUUUGAAUCACAGCUGCGAACACUGCUUACAUUGGCUACUUAUAAAUCGGAGGAUCUAGAAUAUGCUCUAUUCAGCAGAGAUCGUGAAAUUGAAGAGCAGCAGCAAAUAACGCUUGCUGCGUUACCAUUUCUCGGUGUAACUAUUUUGGUGUUAAUCGCAUUUAUGAUCAUCAGCUCGACAGAUUUUCCAUUCAGAAAUAGCCAGCACAUUGAGGCUAUUUUUGCAGUGCUUUCACCAGCAAUGGCAUUGGUUACUUCUUGGGGUAUUUUAUGGGGUAUUGGUUUACCCUUUUCAAACAUCCUAACUGUUGUACCUUUUCUCGUUGUCACAAUUGGUGUUGAUGAUGCUUUCCUCAUAUUGGCUGCGUGGAGGCAUUCAAACCCAGCUUCUGAUCUCGAAACACGAAUAGGUGAAACGCUGACUCAUUCUGGUACCAGCGUUACAAUAACUUCUCUUAGCGAUGUGCUAUGUUUCAUGGUGGGACUGUUUUCAAAUCUACCUGUUGUACGAUUAUUUUGUAUUUAUACUUCCGUCGCAAUCAUGAUUGACUUCAUUUAUCAGAUUACAUUUUUUACCGCCCUUGUUGUUUACAGUGGAAGGCAAAAAAUGAAUCGUUGCGAAGAAAAGGAAUUAUAUUCUAAACAAAAUCUCAAAUCCAGAAACAUGCUAGAUGAAUUGUGGUCAAAAAUUGAACAGAAAAAUUCGCACAAAUUAUAUGCUGUGGACAUCGGUAUUACAAAGUACUGCUUGUCUGGCGACAAUUCUUUGUCAUCAAAAGUGGUGAGGAAAACAUCAGGAAAGAGUGAAAUUAUCCUGCAGAAACUUGUCAAUAUCCUUCAUUUACCGCUUACGAAAUUCGUUGUUAUUGCUGCAUUUAUCAUUCAUAUCACUGUGAUAUCGUAUCUUUGCACUGAAGUGAAUACAGAUUUCGACAUGGAAAAUUUGUACAUGGAAAAUUCAAGCAUGAAUGCGAUUUCACGGAAGUUACAACAUUUCACUCUCAAUGAAGCAUUUGUUGUCAAUUUUGCCCUUCAUCCAAUGCCGAAUUUUGCUGAUGUUUUCAUUCGAAAUAAAUUCGAUCACUUAAUUAAAGAGUUGGAAACGAUACCAAAAUUCAGUGUGGGAUCAGAUGGAACAGUCUUAUGGACUAGGGAUUUCGCUGAUGCAGUAGCGCUUUUGGAUGACGAAAGCAAUUUCUGGAAACAAGACAAAUUACUUUCGACAUUUCGAGAAUACGAAAUAGAAGAAAAGUUCAUUACUACCGAGAGAAGAGCGGAUGGUGUGGAAGUAAUUUCCGGUUUCUUUUGGUCAAUAACAUACCAUAACAUGAGCAACUUUUUGGAUGUGCAAGAACUCAUGCAAGAAAGGCGAUCUAUAAUAUCAAAAUAUAAUAAAUUCUUCAACGUCAGCUCACAUCAUCCAUUGGAGAAAGUUCCAACUGAAUCAGCAGCCAGCGCAGCAACUAAUUUUAUUCAAACUACAUUUUCUGCGGUGGUCUUAAUGUCAGCUUCAGUUUACUUCUUUAUCACUGACUUACGUGCUGUAAUAGCCGUUGUUAUUUCCAUCUUGUCCAUUUGCUUUGGAGCACUUGCAUAUUUGCAUUUAUGGAAUAUACGGCUGGAUGCGAUCUCUCUAAUCAGUUUAUUGAUGAGUAUUGGCUUCUCAGUCGAUUACAGUGCUCAUAUCUGUUAUCACUAUCUUGCACAAAAGGAAAAUAAGAAAUCUGAAGAGCACUGUCAUCAACCUAUUUCGAUCAUUGUUGGCUCAGAUGCAAGUGUCAAAGAUUUAUCGAUAUUACCAUCAGUCAGCAAUAGCAUCCGUUGCAAUAAUUCAAGUAGUACUGAUACUCGAGCAAGAUUUCUGAUCACUUUCAAAAGUGUGGGAUGGCCUGUAAUCCAGUCUGGACUCAGCACUCUCCUGGGUAUAUUGCCCAUGGUUAUGGUGAAAGCAUAUGUGGUUGCUGUAUUUUGGAAGACAAUAAUAUUAAUAAUUCUGUUGGGAAUUAUCCAUGCAUUAAUCUUGUUACCUGUAAUUUUAAUCAUUUUCGAUGACUUGGAAUGUUACGUAAAAAAGUCUUGUCGAUCAAAAUGA